CUUGUCAAUUUGUUAUACUAUGUUUUCAGAGCCCUGAUGCUUUAUAUCUUUGAAUUCAAUUUGAAAUGGAACUUGUUCGCAAAAGAUAUUAAUACAGUGUAGCUGAUUCAGUGAAACGUAAAGAAAGUGAGCAAUAUGUAUUCAGGUAGCGAUUCCAACGAAUCUCAAAAGUAUCCCCAAUGGGCCCUUAAUCCGGCUUCUUACCAAAACAUGCCCAAUGAGCAAGUGGACUGGGCGGCUUUAGCACAACAGUGGAUAAUUAUGAAAGAAGCAGGGCCCCCGCCGAUACCAGGAGAACAGCCACCUGUAGUAAAUAAGAAGGUUAAGGAACGCCACGGCGGCGGAGAGGCAGAUAUGGAAGUUGAGAAUGAGAGAGAAGCUCCACCCGCUCCCGUUUGGAGCCCCAGUGAACCACCGCCCCCUCCGGGGGCUGAACCAUGGAACUGGAAUUCUCAAACCCAAAACUGGAACUGGAAUAAUGCUUGGAUACCACCAAGUGCUGUACCCCCUCCACCCAGUAUUACUUCCAUCAAGCCCCCUUUAUUACCAACUCCAAACAAUGCCUACAGUGCACCGCCUGAGAGUAGUAGUGAUAAUGCUGUACCAUUUGGCGGAUAUCACUCAGGAUCUAACAAAGAAUAUAAUAAUUCAACUUUUUGGAGUGGUUCCAGCAGUAGUCACAAACACAUAAAACCACAUAAUAAACGAUACAGCAAAGUCAAUGUUCCCGUACGUGCUACAGUUCCGUUGCCCUCAAAUAUACCUCCACAGGAAACGGCACCUUCCACUCCACCCACUCCUUCUUUGGAUGCUGCCAAAAGAAAACAAUUACCGGCUUGGAUUAGAGAAGGUUUGGAGAAAAUGGAGAAAGAUAAGUUGAAGCAAAUGGAGAAAGAAAAACAGAAGCAAGAAAGGGAAGAAUUUAUGGAAAAAAAUAGACAAAACAAUAAAGAAACUAUUGAAAUUUUGAAAAGUACUAUGAAAGAACGCCAAAGAAGCCGAUUCGAUAGUGAUGGAGAAAAUUCAGAGGAGGAAAGCAAGGUUCAUAAAAAAGAGGCAAGUCCCGAUCCAGUGCCCUUAACGUCAGAAGAAUUGAUAUUGAAGGUGCGUAGGACCAUGACAGAAAUUCUACUGAAUGUAACAAAUCAUCAAAUAGAAGCUAUAUGUAAGGAAGAACUCCAACGUUUCACAAAAAAGUACAAAGCUUCAGAUCUGCGUUCUUCAGCACCCAGCGGUGCCAACAUUAGCAGCAGACUUGGAUUGGGAAUGUAUGGUGAGGACUCAGAAAGUAGCAGCGAAGAUGAAAGAGAUAAGAAAGAGGAAUACUCCCAGGAUUCUCUUGAUUCUGAUGAUGAUUUAAAGGAUUCAAUAAGGCGAAAGAUAACUGACUUUCAAAAGACAGAAAGAGAGAUAGAAGAUAGAUUAGAUGAAGUGGAAAGGCGGAAACCGAGCAGCAGAUCUUCUAGUCCGGACUCGAACGAUAAUGACUCACAGGUAGACGCGAGAUCUCAAGUUACAGAUCACAAGUACAAUCAAGAGGACAAAGUGUCUCAGCAGCCUCCCAAAACAAAAAGAUCCCCUUCAAAUUCUUCUGAAGCCAGUGACUUUUCAAACAAUAGGUCCAAAAAUAGUCGUAGGUCCUCAUCAUCAGAAUCCAAAGAGUCUUACAAAAAGCCCAAAAGAAAUCACCGCAGUAGAUCUAUGAGCUCUGAAAAGCGACACCGAACUAUAUCAAGUUGGUCAAGAUCGAAAUCACCCCCUAAAAAAAGUGACUCGAAAAGAGACUCGAAUAGUUUAAGGAGAGAAUCUACAAGUUCCAGAAAAAAAUCAUCUAAGCGCUCUAGAUCCAGAUCAUAUUCGCGAUCUCGAAGAUCGCGGUCUUCUUCAUACAAGAGGUCCCGACGAUCACGAUCUAGAGGUAGAUCUAGGAAAUCGAGGUCUUCUUCAAGAAGUAGAUAUUCCAGAAGAUCACCUUCAAGUAGUAGAUCAGAUAGGAGAAGGAGGAAAAGGGGAAGGCGGUCGAGGUCAAUCAGUAGCGGCAGGGGUAAGAGGUCUCACAGACAUUGAACAAUCCUGAACUGAAAAAGGUGUGUAAAUACUGUCAAAAAAUUCUCCAGCAGACUAUCAACUGAAAAUUUUGAAUUGUAUAUAUUAAAAUACACAUUUUAGGGUAGUCAGUUCACAUAGCUUUAGGAUUUCUUAAAGAUUAUGAAUUUUUGUUGAAAGAAAAUCAAUACAUUUUUCAAAUGUUAAACUGCCAAUGUUUUAUUGUAGUGUGGAUGAUAAAGAAGUAUUUUUUUUUAUUUCAAUAAAUAUGUACAAUCAAAUCA